AAAAGAGUGAUCUAAAACCAAUCAGGUUUAAAAUGAAGAGAGCCUGCGAACUUCAGCCAGACUCACAGCAGACGGUAUAGAGAGGCGCAAAACCAUUGUGCAAAUCUAAAACCUCUGGAGGAUUUUUCAUCUUCCAUCUAAAAAGAAAGAUUGUGAGGAGCUUUUUGGAUCUGCCGGUUUAAGCGCAUCUUCGCGGAGUGUCAGAAUGGAGUUACAGAACAUAUCUGACAUCAUGACUGCAGUGGAGUUUAGCGGCUUGGGAGUCUUCUCAGCAUUACUUUUGCUUUUACUACUAAUUUUAAUCACAGCCUACAACCGAGGAAACAAAUCUAUCUUACCAGGUCCCUACUGGUUACUGGGUCUGGGCCCCAUUCUAAGCUAUUCUAGGUUUUUGUGGAUGGGCAUUGGUACAGCCAGUAAUUAUUAUAAUAAGAAAUAUGGUUGCAUGACUCGGGUUUGGAUCCAGGGAGAGGAAACACUCAUUCUGAGCAAGGCAUCUGCUGUGUACCAUGUUCUGAAGAGUAGUAACUAUGUUGCCAGAUUUGCUAGUAAACGUGGACUGAAGUGCAUCGGUAUGGAUGAACAAGGCCUUAUUUUUAACAGCAACAUCCCACUUUGGAAAAAGCUACGCACAUAUUUUGCCAAAGCCCUUACAGGCCCUGGUCUGCAGAGGACAGUGGGGGUGUGUGUUAGUGCCACGAAUAAGCACUUGGGUGUCCUGCAUGAUUUCACAGAUUCCUCAGGCCAUGUGGAUGCUCUGAACUUCCUACGCUGUGUAGUGGUUGACAUCUCCAACAGACUCUUCCUCCGAAUUCCUAUCAAUGAAAAAGACUUGCUACUGAAGAUCCACAAAUACUUUGAUACAUGGCAAACAGUGCUUAUCCAGCCGGACAUUUUUUUCCAAUUAAACUGGGUGUUUAAAAAACAUCAACAUGCAGCAAAGGAGCUUCAGGAAGAGAUGGGGAGGCUCGUGGAGCAAAAGCGUAAAGCCAUCAAUGCCAUGGAAAAGCUAGAUGAGGCUGACUUUGCAACCGAGUUGAUAUUCGCUCAGAAUCAUGGAGAGAUGUCAGAAGACGAUGUGAGGCAGUGUGUGUUGGAGAUGGUGAUUGCCGCACCGGACACUCUGUCCAUCAGUCUGUUCUUCAUGCUGGUUCUGUUGAAGCAGAAGCCAGCAGUAGAGCAGUGUAUACUACAGGAAAUGCACAAUGUGUUGGGUGGGCGAGAGAUGGAGCCAUCUGACCUGCAAAAGUUGACAGUGAUGGAGUUUUAUAAAGAGUCUCUGCGAUUCCAUCCUGUGGUGGACUUCAUCAUGAGGCGAGCGCUAGAAGAUGACGUCAUUGAAGGCUUCACUGUAGCCAAAGGGACGAACGUCAUUCUGAACAUUGGCCGGAUGCACAAGAGCACAGAGUUUUUUCCCAAAGCUAACGAAUUUAGCUUGGAGAACUUUGAUAACAAUGUGCCGAGUCGUUUCUUCCAGCCGUUUGGCUGUGGGCCACGUGCCUGUGUGGGGAAACACAUAGCUAUGGUGAUGAUGAAGGCCAUACUGGUGACAGUUCUGUUGCAGUACACCGUGUGUCCCCAGCCUGGAUGUACGGUCAGCACCAUCAGGCAAACCAACAACCUGUCACAGCAGCCCGUAGAGGAGGACACACACAGCCUAGCCAUGAGCUUCAUAGCACGCAAACCGAGUCCAGAAAAGCAGGAAGCAGCCUCUGGUUUGGAAUGAAUAGAGAAGCUGAAAUUACUAUGAUUAUGCUGCAACAACUUUUUUUUUCUUUCAGUAUCCCAUGUGAAACUAAACUAUCAUAAUCACAUACUGGUUUGAAAGUUGUGAAUAAUUAAUAGAACUAAAUCAAAUUUUUGUUCAAAAUGUUUUGUUCGCUUCCUCAUCGGGACACAAAACUAUAUUCUCACAGGUAUUACUGUAGUUAUAGCAUUAUGGGAUAAAGUGUUAGAGCCUCUCGCUCUAAUUUUUGAAGUUUUUCACAAUAUAACAAACGUUUUCUUGUAUAAUCCACUCACCUGCAUUAGUGUGUUUUCAGUCAGAAGCCUCGACCUCAUUCAUAGGUCAAACAAUGUGAAAUGGUAACAGAACUCACUCGUCUGCAUGUAUAGUGUUUUAUAAAAUAUAUUUUCUCGACAGCUACAGUAUAAAGGAAGACAUGGCUUCUUUGUUGAUGGUCUUUUAUAACAAAUACUGCUGUAAUUAAAACGGUGACAAAUCAAA